GUGGGGCGCCGAAGCCCCGCCCCCUGCCGCAGUGCCGCUCGUGCUAGUCGGCUGGCUGCUAGUCGUUCUCCUCAGUCCCCUGCUUAGCCGCGUUAGCACAUUAGCUCAAGCGCCCGAUCGUCAGUCCUCCCUCGCAGACCUCCCCUCGACAGGCAACAUGGGGAACGAAGCCAGUUAUGCUCUGGACAUGUGCUCCCACUUCGACGCGGACGAGAUUAAGCGUCUGGGCAAGCGCUUCAAGAAACUGGACCUGGACAACUCGGGUUCUCUGAGCGUGGAGGAGUUCAUGUCGCUGCCCGAGUUGCAGCAGAACCCUCUGGUGCAGCGCGUCAUCGACAUCUUUGACACGGAUGGCAACGGCGAAGUGGACUUCAAAGAAUUCAUUGAGGGCGUCUCUCAGUUCAGCGUCAAAGGAGAUAAGGAGCAAAAGUUACGAUUCGCCUUCCGCAUCUACGACAUGGACAAAGACGGCUACAUCUCCAACGGCGAGCUGUUCCAGGUUCUGAAGAUGAUGGUGGGCAACAACCUAAAGGACACGCAGCUGCAGCAGAUCGUUGACAAAACUAUCAUCAAUGCCGACAAGGACGGCGACGGAAGGAUAUCCUUCGAGGAGUUCUGUGCGGUGGUGGGCGGCCUGGACAUUCACAAAAAGAUGGUGGUGGACGUGUGACGGGCUUCCCGCUCCUCGACGGCGCCCGCGGCCCCUCGCCCCCUUCCUCUCCCGUACAAAGCCAAACUCUCGCGGCAAACGCUCAAACAGGAAGCGGCAGGCACUUUCCCGAGCGCUCGCAAGGCGUUUUUCUUGUUGUUUUCUUUUUUGCCGAGCGACCGCAAUUUGCGGCGUGUUUGUGUGCGUGCGUGCGUGCGUGCGUGCUUUUAUUUAUUCUGCCGUGUACAGGAAGCGAGAGCGUGCCAACCGGAGGCACGCGCGUGCCUGUGAUCGGACCUUCGUGUUGUCGCCGGUUAGCCCGGCGCGUUCAUUAGCAUGUUAGCACGCGCUCGUGCAGCGACGAAGCGUCCACCUUGAUGUUUUUUCUUCGUCAUCUCCCUGCUGAGCGGCUACCAAACAUUUUUUACAAAGUGGAAUUUGCUGUGUGGUUUUGUUCUUUCGUGGUGCACGUGUGCUCAACGGCGCCGCCUGCUGUUCGCAUGUCAAACAAAGUCUUUCACAUUGACGCACUCGGCCCGCUUCGCCAACCUCACAAAUGGCCCCGCCCCGCCCUUUUUUUUUUCUCCCCCCCGGCUGAUGCAGGCCCUCGCUGUUAAACGUCCAAGCACAGAAGCAAGAAGAGGAAGUUUAAAAAGAAAAAAAAAAAAAAAAGUCUUAUUGCGUGCACUCGGGUGGUCUGUCACGUGAC